UGUUCAUUUGCAUUGUUUUGUUUGGUGAUGUCAUUGCUCUUUCCAUGAGCAAUAUCCAAAGGGAGGGUAGGCAAAGAGGCGUGACAAGACCUUCACGUACACACGUUUUCCCCAAGUCAAAUACUGUAGUACAGGUGCAUGACUCUUCACUUUACCUGCGGUAACACUGCGCUUGCUAUUAUUUCAACAGUCAGCUACUUGACGUGAGGCAGGAUAUUUUCUCAACAUAUGUGACCCUGGACCAGAAAGCUAGUCAUAUGGAAACCCUUUUGCCGUUUAGUGAGUUAAACAUGGCUCAGGAAUAUGGUAACCCAGCAGCAGUGCCACCUGGUUUGGAGUAUCUUACACAGAUUGACCAGAUAUUAAUCCAUCAAAAGAUUGAGCUCCUUGAAGCCAUUAUUGGCUUUGAGACUAAUAACCAGUAUGAGAUUAAGAACAGCAUGGGUCAAAAGAUCUUCCAUGCUAAAGAAAGAACUAACUGCUGCAUACGGAAUCUCUGUGGCCCUCUGAGGAGUUUUGAGCUGGAGAUAAGAGAUAAUUAUGAUCAGGAAGUGAUUCACUUAAGCAGGCCUUACCGCUGCACAUCCUGCUGUUGCUUCUGCUGUCUUCAAGAGAUGGAGGUACAGGCUCCACCAGGGAAUACAAUAGGCUACAUCAAGCAAGACUGGCACAUGUUUAAGCCUAAAUUCUCUCUCUAUGACAUGUCCAAAACAAAGGUGCUGUCCAUUGAAGGGCCUUUGUGUGCUAUCAGCUGCUGUGGAGAUGUGGAUUUUGACAUCACUGUUAAAGAUGGACAAUCUGUAGGUCGCAUCAGUAAACAGUGGAGUGGCUUCAUCAAAGAGUCACUGACUGAUACAGAUAAUUUUGGCAUUAACUUUCCCAUGGACUUGGAUGUGAGAAUGAAAGCAGUUCUGCUGGGAGCAUGUUUCCUUAUAGACUUCAUGUUUUUUGAGCAGAGCGGAAACUCAGGACAGCGAUGCACUGUGUUUGGCUAGAAGGGAAUGGGAGAAAGAUUGAUUUGAUUAAAUUUCUCUGGUAUAUUCAUAUGUAGUAUCACUACAGUUACCAAUAAAAUAAAAUCAUUUUUUAAAUCA